GAGGAGGAAAAGUUUUUCCUCAAUUCUAAAGGAAAAUUCAAAUUUCUCUCAGUCUGUGUUUGGAUUUUGAUUCACGUUAAACGUUUAACAUGUUUUGCCUCGGCAGGCUCGAAUAAAUGAAAAGAAAAGAAAAAUAUUUUUCUAUUUCAUUUAUGUGACCGAAAAAGUAAAAGAAUAAGUAAGAAGGCCCACACCACCGCAACGUAAAAUGCUGCUUGUGGUAUAAUAAGAGGAUAAAAUAAGAGUCUAGAGUUUGUUAAAAAGAAAAGUGCUUGUAAUGACUCGACGCAACCCUGAAAUGAGUGAUUCACACUAAAUCAUAAGAAAUACAAUUAUUCAUAAGUAAUUGAGGCGGAAAAAUAAGUUUCCUUCUUUAUGUCAAAAAAGAAGUAUAAUAAAGUGAAUUUGCAUAAAGAGAAAGUUUUUAAAAUAGCAAACAUUAUAAUUAAUUGGAUGUGUCAUGAAGCUGAUAUGAAAGUCGCGGAUUAAUCAAUCAAGCAGCUUGAGUUUUGUCAGAACAAUUUUCCACCUCAAAGCAAGUUCGUUUCAUUUGUAAAGCGCGCGUGAUACGCGAUUAUUAAGAGUACUGGUGAAAAGUUGAAUGAUAACGUUAUGGAAUCAAGUCGAAAAGUUGUUUUUUAUCAAUGACUUGACGACGGAGAGACAGCCGCACCUUAACGUAUCAUCUUAAGCUCCGAAAACCAGUUUCAACGCAGUCAAUUCCAUCGAUGAAAAGUGGUAAUCGUGACAACAAUAAAGAUUCUGCAUGCAACGAAGAAGCUGGUGUCGCACUUGUUGGUGUUCAUUCAGAAUAUCCCAGGUACAUGGAGGAGCGGGGUUUAGGUGGCGGCAUUUAUAAAGGUGCCUCAGAAUCACAGGAUAAAGGCGGAAAGCAGAAACCAAAUGUCGGAUAUCGUCUUGGCCGACGGAAAGCACUCUUUGAAAAACGAAAGCGGAUCAGUGACUACGCCCUCGUGAUGGGAAUGUUUGGAAUUAUUGUUAUGGUUAUUGAGAAUGAAUUGAGCAGCGCGGGAGUAUAUACGAAGGCAUCAUUUUAUUCAACUGCGUUAAAGACACUAAUAUCUGUAUCGACUGUGAUUUUACUUGGUCUUAUAGUUGCUUAUCAUGCUUUGGAAGUUCAGUUAUUCAUGACGGACAAUUGUGCAGAUGAUUGGCGUAUUGCAAUGACGUGGCAACGAAUCAGUCAGAUAGCAUUAGAAUUAGUUAUAUGUGCAAUACAUCCCAUUCCAGGCGAAUAUUACUUUCGUUGGGAAACAAAAUUAUCGAACAAAAAUAAGGCUCCUGGCUUUGCUGACGUGCCAUUCGAUGUGGUGCUAUCAUUGCCAAUGUUCCUCCGUUUGUACCUGAUUUGUCGUGUUAUGCUGCUACAUUCGAAACUUUUUACCGACGCCUCGUCGCGUAGUAUAGGUGCAUUAAACCGUAUUAACUUUAAUACUAGAUUUGUUUUUAAAACCCUAAUGACAAUAUGCCCCGGCACCGUAUUAUUAGUUUUUAUGGUCUCGCUAUGGAUAAUUGCAUCAUGGACGCUUCGGCAAUGUGAAAGGGAGACUUGGCUCAUUUACAAGCACACAAGAUUAGUGAAGCGAGUAAAUCCUGGUCGAGUGCGAACACAUCAAAGGAAAUUUCUGCUAGCCAUUUAUGCAUUGCGAAAGGUUAAAAUGGAUCAAAGAAAAUUAAUGGACAACGCAAACACAAUCACAGACAUGGCAAAGACUUCAAAUACGGUUUACGAAAUUGUUUCGGAUAUGUCAUCGCGCCAAGAUGCUUUAGAAGAAAGAUUAUCGAGUCUCGAGGAUAAACUACAAGGACUUCAAGAUCAACUCGAAGCAUUGCCAGAACUUCUCACAAAAUGUCUCGCACAACAUCAAGAACGUCUCGAACAAAGGAGAAACUUUUUACAUCCAGACAUGGCCGCUAGCUCUUCGCCAGCAAGUCUACAAAUGCCUGCAACACCAACAAUAGGUUCGCCUUUAAUACUUCCUCAUUCUAGUAGCAAAAAUCCUACUAUAGAAAAUGAUUACAACUACCAAGAGCAUCCUCAUGAACAACCAGCAGAUGAUUCCAUAUCCAAAUGAUAAACUUAGAGACAUAAGAAGAAAAAAGUAGAAUAAAAGAACCGAUUGACGUGUGAUAAACGAAAAAAAAGCUUCAUCUACAUAAAUAUAAGAAGAAGAAAAAAAUGAAUAAAUCAAACAUUAUAAACUCAUUAGUGUAAAUAGAAAGUUAAAUGAUUGAGUUUAUAAAAUUGAUGAUUCUCGCUUUGACAUAACGUUAGGUUCAAAGCCAAAUGUAGCGAAUCAUCAGCAGCACACAACGACAACCCGUUAGAAUAAUUAGGACGAUGUGUGGCUAAUUUCCUUUAUUUAAUUUUUGUUUUGUCCGCCCCCUGCCUGUUUGCCUGCAAAUCCAAUCAACCAUUCUCUCUAUCUCCAUGAUCCAUCAUAAAUGCUUCUUUAAUUACAUCCAAAAUCAGUUGAUUUGUUAUCAUUUCCAAAGCUUAUGACGAACUUUUCGAAGUGAAGUUUAUGUUGGUAAUUAUUUAUUUUUAUGAUUUUCUUUUACUUGGAUGUCGUUGAUAUUCAUGUAGUGACAAACUUUUGUUUUUCUUUCCCGAUCUCCUUCUAUUUUCUUUGACAUCUUGACAAAAAUCACUUCGAAUCUUCGAUUGAAACAACUGCAUCACAAUGAAUUAUCGGAAAACUGAAGUUACCCUUUUAGAAGCGUACAAUCCACAGUUUCAUCAACAAUAUCAUCACCUACAACAGCAACAGAAGAACCAACAACAAUUACAUCGUCAACAGGCCAUUACCAAUGGCCCCCAAGUCCCAUACUACCCCCAAUCUCCAGACGAAUUGCUCAUUUAACACCAUCAACAAUAACGAACGAUGACGCGUUAUUAACCGAGAAUCAUCAACCUAAUACAUCCUUUUACGACGACUUCAUUAAUGCACAGCAGCACAAUUCAUCAUCCAGUCGUGAGCGUGACACGAACAUCACCAAAAUCACUAAUCACAAGAACAGAAACUGAAUCUCAACAGUAAGCUCAACAACGACAAUGAUGAAUUGAACAAUAAUCAUGACGCACUGGAACGGGUUGUUGUGAAAAUUGCGUUGAUUAAUUUAUUAUGAACGAAAAAGAAUAAAAUGCGUAGCUACUAGCUAGAAAUAUUAAGCAACGUUACAAGUUUAGGAAGUGAAAAAUAAGAGAAGCAAAAGCACGAUAUGGAAGAAUAAAGUUGUGGCCUACGAAUGAAGCAGCAAGCGAGAGAACAGCUGAAAGUCUCACGAAGCAAACACUCAAUUAUUAAGAGACAGUAACAUAUAGCAAACUUUCGGAGAUAUAUGAUGUCUAUGUUUCUAUAUAUGUUUCAACAUGUUGCUUUCCAUAAAAGCUCUCGCUAUAAUUUAAGUACACAGCUAUAGAUGUCAGACACUUUUCUCUCAGCCAAAAUAUAUUUAAAACUUACUUUAAUGAAAAACCAACUCAAUCCUUCGAAAUGAUUUUGAAAGUUUUUCCAAAAGCGAUUCUAAAGUUUAAACUAUGUCAGGAUUGAGAAGAAAGAGAACAGAACAAAGCUCAAAAUACUUAUAUAACUUUAAAAAUUAAUUACUUUUAGUUCGUUAACACCAGAUUUUCAAAUGUUAUGAGUUCCUCCCUUCUACGGGAAAAUGAGUUUGAAUAAAAAUUUCAAAGAAAUUGCAUUAAUGGGUGUGCCUGAAAUGAAAAUUGCAUUCAAUUUGCAUUCAACAUUAAUUUAUGAAAAUUAAAAGUUAAAUCGUGCAGCGAACGGUCGAAAUGUGGAUGAAAACAUUAAGAAAGUUCUUGUUUUGUUACUUUUUCAAAGUUUUCAUUUGCUGACGAAAUAUUUAAAUUUUUUUUCUUUCCAUGACCAACACGCCUUUUAACUAAUUAAGAAAAUUAAGAAAAUUAAAUAUGAAUAAAAUUGAAAAUUAUAUUAAGACAUGAUAAAGAAUAUUUCUCGCCAAUUACCACACGUAAAGGUUUUAAUCUUUUAUUUCCACAUUAAUGAAAAACCAAGUUGAACAAACGAUGGAAAAUGUAGGUAAAUUAGCUUUAAGUAGAAUAAAUAACGAGAUCAACAGAUGAAAAUAAUUUGAUUGAUUUAGUGUCUAAAAAGAUAAUUAAAUAUUUAUAAAAUGAUAACAGAUUAGCACAAAAUCAUCUUAUUAAGAUUUAAACAAUUCAUUUAUGAACCUAAUGAUAACUUUUUCUCGUUUUAAUUGAAAAGACAUUUGAUAAGUUAAACGAGUCACAACACAUGAAAUGAAACUUCUUACAAUAAUACUUUUAAGCGUUUAUGUAACAUGUUAUUAUAAUGCGGAAUAUGAUAAAUAUGAAAUUAACUUUCCUGUAACGAAUACUUUAACAUUUACUUAUACAAAAACCAUUUUGACGAUUAGCAGAAUGGAAAUAGAAAUUCUAAAAAUGGUUCCGAAAAUUAAAUUGAAAUCGUAGCAUUAUUAGAUAAUUUCAUUUUCUAAGAAAGAAACAUAAAUCCACGGUAUGAUGCUGAUAACAUCAUGAACUCAACAACAACAACAUGAAACCAACUUAAUUCUUAACAACAGAUACGGAAACUCCGUGAAGCAUAGCGACAGAAUUAAUCCAAACGCUGUGCGUACGUUUCCACCCCCAAUUCCCUCUUCUCUCAUCGAAGGAUUUCUUUCGCAUUAGGUUUCUUCUUUUUUUCCUUCUCAAGAUAGUUACAUAACAAAAGCCAAAGAUGAAAGAUCUGAAAGUAGAUUCUACAAUGUUCUUCUAUAUAAAUGUAAAUUUUCGUAAAUUUAUAAAUGAAAUCUAAAACUGUUCUUUAUCUAUAAUCGUGAUGUUUACCUUUUCAUACGAGGAUGUGUCUAAAAAUGUUUUCCUCUUCCUUUAAAAUAUUAAAUAUGUUUAUCUCUCGAAGCAUUAAAGCUAACUUACAUAAAUAAAGUUCAAUCCCUGCUUAAAUAAACAAAAUGAAAACUUCGAAAUUAUGUAAACGUUGAUAAAACUUCGAAGAAAAGAAAAUUUGCCUAGGUUAGUUAACUAAAUUUAACAAAGAAAAUACACCAUUUAUGUGAUAUUUAAGAAAAGUUUAAAAGCUUUUCAAUUGAUAUUCAACAUGAAGAAAAUGAAAACAAUUUAAAUCAUGUUAAGUAAAAUAAUUCUGAAUAAAAUUCACGUCAUUUAUGACAGAACCAAAUACUUUAUGCAAAAAUGCACAAACUUUGAGUUUGAUGUUGAUAAAUAAAUAAAAUAAAAAUGAUCAACAUUGAAAUGGAAAAAAAUAUUCUAAAGCUCUGCAUGUUCUGAAGAAAGUUUUUUAGUCUCUCUGUUGUUGAUCUGUGGCACUUGCCUCAAAGCUUUUUCUUUGCACGAUGUAAAUUUAUUCCAAAAAGUUUCAAAUAAUUUUUAUUUUGAGCCUUAAGCAUUUUCCACAAAAUUUUGGGUCAGAUUUAUUUAUAAAACUAAUUAAUUACAUGAAUCAUUUCGAAAACAACCGAUUGCAUACUAUAGUAGUCCAAUUAGUUGCCUUUAAUGCGCCUUAACACUUUCAAACUUUUUUAUUAAUUAUUCUUAACAAAGAAUAUAAAUUCAUUCGUUUCAAAGAGUGAAAUUCAAUCAACGAACCCAAUAAAAGACCAAUGGCUCUUAGCAUGUCAUAUUGAAAUACUUAGAAUAAAGACAGAUUAAAUGGAUUUGUGCUUAAAGAAUUGAAUUCCAUUGCUAAUUUAUUUCAUAACUAAAGUAAAUAAAUAGACAUGAGAAUCAAUUAGGUAAUGUUAUUUAUAACUUAUUAAAUAUAUGUUAAAGGAAAGUUAAAAAGUUCAGAAAGUUGUUGCAACAAACGAAUGUUAAGAUGAAAGAAAAAAUUGUUAAAUAGUUUUUAAUAUAAACAUAAAGAACAAUUAUCAUGUGAGGAAAUGUUAUGGAAUUAAAAUAUUGUAAUCUCAUUUGCAUAUCUAAAAGAAAUAAGAUAAAAUAAAAAAGUUUGUAAAGG